CAUUGGCAAGCGACGCUGCGUCCCAACAGGAAGUGUCUUCAAUUCAGUUGGCUUUCGGAGCUAAAGCGAGUUGAAGAAGAAGAACAACAAUAAAAAAAAAAAAAUGUUCAAUGACAGCGAGCUGGCGACGCUGCGGAACAGAUUCAAGAGAGAUGCGGAGCUGCUCAUGCAGGCGACGACGUCGGCCGUCGAUGGUGAAAAGAGUCAGGAGGAAAAAGAUCUGAAGCCCCUCCCUCGCAUCAACAAGCACUCCGUUUUCUGGAUCGUGGCAUCGGUAGCUGUGACUUACUAUGCAGAUUUCCUGCACGUCAUUGUGGAGAACGAUGAUGUCAAAAGCUGGUGGUUUAACGUCGGUCUGAUACUCCUUGGGAUCUGCUUGUCUCUGGCUAUGUUUUGCAUUGUGUACCUUGAGUGGUUCAAAGGCAUUCAGCACUAUGACCAGGAGUAUCCAGCCAUUCCUCCCAUUACCACCGCAGCCUUUAUUGCUGCAUCAUGCAGCUUUAAUAUUGCACUGUGGCCAGUGUGGUCCUUCUUCACUCCACUAAUCCUCUUCACACAGUUCAUGGGCGUCGUCAUGUUCAUCUCUUUGCUUGGAUGAAUGAUGAAAGGCCACAACACCAGAAAUGAGAAAAGCAAGGCGUCUCCCCAGGGUCUUCCGCUUCUCUAAAUCUCUCACUAACUCAGUUUAUCUACAAACAAAAGGCUGAUUCAAACUCACCGUUUUAAAGUGGUAUUGUUAUUGUGACGUUCCUUUGUAUCCUUCUGCUUUUUGUGUUCUCAACACACCCUUGUACAGGUAUUGUGAACAUGCAAAAUGUCUUUAUACUUGAUGCUAGAAAAUGAAAGAUGUUUGUUUUUAGGUUAAGACAUCUGCUUAUACUUUGUGUUUUCUACUGUUUUAAUGUUUGUUUGUUUUUUAAAUAAACUCUUCUAACCAUUUUCAAAGAAUGUGUGAACUUUACUCAGCUUUAAAUUAAAAUAAAUGUAAAUGUGUUAACUGAGCCUGAUUCCUUUGGGAUACAUUAUAUUCUCAAACAAAACAUUUCUGUCAUCUACAAAGUGAUUUUUCUCUCAGAUAAGCCUGUCGCAAUAAUAAAUUAAUUGAAUGAUAAUUAAGUGGAGCUCAAUAACUUCCAUUGUGAACCUUCUCAGUGAUUUUUGUGAAGGGCAAUUUUGUUUGCAGAAACACCAUUAUCCAUUUCAUUUACGGUUUCGGUUGUGUGUGGUUUUCAUUUCCAUUUCAGUUAUUGUUUUUGGUUGUCAUGUUUUAUUCUUCAGCUUCAACUGUAAAAUGAACUUUACCAAAUGAAAGUUUAUUGGUCGUUUAUUGGG